GCACACACAACAAAUAUUGAAAUAUAUUUUUAAGCAAAAUAGAAUAAAUUUUAUUCAGCACAAAAUGCUGCGCAUACCGGGAAUGCCGCUGCUGCCAGGCACGCUCUUUCGCGAUGUCUCCAAGGCACAUUACCCGAAGCCACAGUCUCUGCUGAACCUGCAGGGUCUCAGCAUGCUCAAUGAUCGCCAGCAGCCCGCACCCAUUGACCCCAAUGGCGAUGUGGUAGACAUUAGCUGUCCACCGGUCGGCGCAUCUUCCAUUUAUCCGCCGCGUUCCGGUCCGCGGAUGCCACCCUGGCUGGCCUACGACAAGAAGGUUCUCUGCUUUAGUGCCUAUUUCAAGCAAACUUUGCAGGAGGUCUACCAUGCACCGUACAUGGUGCGAAAGGUCAAGAUCUACUUCUAUCUGGAGGAUGGAACUUUGGAGAUUUAUGAGCCCAAAGUGGACAAUUCUGGUCUAGUGCAGGGCUGCGUGGUGCAUCGUCAGCGCGUGCAAAAGGCGCCGCCCUGUGACAAUGAGUUCAUGUCUUUGACUGACUUGAAUAUUGACAUGACUGUGCAGAUAUUCGAUCGUCAAUAUCACAUUAUAGACUGCGAUCAGUUCACGCGUGAGUUUCUAAACAGACGCGGCAUUGCCGUACCCGAUUCAAUACAAAUUCCUAGCGAUCCAGCCACUUCCGUGCGUAAUCGCGCAAAGUUAGGCGCUGUUCAUCCUCCCGAAAAGAAACAUGCUUUUGCUCAGUUCCUAAAAUACGAUCGGCAGAUACUCAAGUUUCAGGCGUACUGGGAUGAUCGCACCGAGUUUGGGGAUGUGCGCAAGUUGGAGCUCUGCUACUACUUGGCUGACGAUACCAUAGAAAUCAAGGAGGCUCACGUGCGUAACUCUGGUCGCGAUGGACCGACUGUGUUUCUAAAACGAGCACGUCUCGCACGGGAAUUUGAUGGGCUUUUAUUGCCGGGGCAAACCACACCCAUAACUUUACUCAACGUUUUGGGUUCUAAUAUGCGCAACGUGCGUUACUGCGUUGAUCCUUUGAACACGGGCAACAAGGAGAUUAUUUAUUAUGGCGAAAAGGACCUGCAAAUUGGCAGCGUGAUAAAUGUCUACGGGCGGGCUGUGAUCAUAACCGAACUGGAUCCCUUUACACAGCAAUAUUAUCGGCAGCGCUAUGGCAUCCAGGAUUUUACACCACUGGAAAUUCCCACAAGAUCGGAGGACUGUGCUGAAUACCGCCCGAAGGAGCGAGUUCUGCCGCCAUAUAAUGGCUGGGGCAGCUACGAAGAUUCGAUUGGAAAUUGCAUAUCGGUGGAGCCAAAGCCCCCGAAGACGGACUUCAAAAAGUUUAUCAAGUUCGAUCGCUAUGUGCUGCGCUUUGGCGCCAAGAUGCUCUCCACCAUCAAGGAAAACUGUGAGCGCAUCUUUGUGAUAAGCUACUACCUGAGCGACGAUACGCUGCAGAUACAGGAGAUUGCCGUACGUAACUCGGGCUUCCUCGGUGGGGAGUUCAUGAAACGCACUCGCAUCGAGUUGCCCGGCCAGGAGAGAUUCUCCUGCAAGCAGCCACAGUACUAUAUGCCAUGGAACUUCUUCAUCGGGUCCACCAUGUCGCUGAAGGAUUUCAUUUUCCAUUUGGUAUCGGCGGACGAGUACACACUCAUGUUCAUGGAGCACCAUCCAGAGCAGUUUAGCCACGCAAAUCUUCCCACCAUCAUGCAGAAAGUUCGCUCCGCGCUGCAGAGCCGAAUGGCGGAGUUCGUGGGAUCCUGUGCGCCCGAUUGUUACAAUUGGGAGAACAAGAGCGAUGUGUUUGUCUCAUUCGAGAGCUUCAAGGGUGCAUUAGUCGGGGUGAUGGGCAAAGCAGUCAGCGAUCACGAAAUCAUUACGCUUUGCCGACACUUUUCGGCGGAGCAAACUCCUCCGAAUAGUUGUUCCAGGGCCGAUGUGCGGGCAGCCGCACAUCUGGAGCUGAAGCGUGCACUGUGGAAUGCUCGCGAUGAUCUGAUGGAACACUUUCAUCACAUCAAUCCCACGAACAAACCCUUCCUGGCCGAAUCCAAAGUUCGCUCAACACUUCGCGGCUGCCGGCUGCCCUUUUCCCUUGAGUUGAUUGACAACAUUUUGUCCAUUCUGAAUCGCAACGAGUGCGACGAGAUUGAGGUGUGCGAUCUAAUGAACUUCAUCGAUGUGUCCUGCAGCAAAGGCUGCGACAUGCCGCCUGUGAACCAUGCCUUCGAGCUGUGCCCCAAGAUUCCAUUCCUGCACAAGGGACGAUUGGUGAACUUCUCCUGCUUUUUGCGUAAACUAGAACUGCCACUUGACUUACCAGCGGCCAGUGAGACUAAUAAAGAGAUGGUGGGCGAUGCCAUGAUUAUGCCACCGUCGGCCUAAAAGGUACCAAAAUAAACUGAAACUAAAAACAUAAUUCGAACUAAGCCCCUGGGAUAUUUUUGCAGCUAUAUUGUCAUGUAAAGCUACACAUUUUUAGUACACAAUAAAUUACAGUUAUCAUGUGU